AUGGACCAUGCCAGACCCCAACACUUGGAUUCUGCGUUACUCGCCAUGAUCAGAUCACUCAUUUCAAGCCAGAAUCCUUCUGGAUAUUGCAAUGCAAGUUCGAUACUGCUGAUGGAACGACCAUUCGACCAGAGUGGAAGCGUGGUCGUCUGUUCGACAGAGAUGUGUGUCAGCUUUUUCUGGAUCGCGUCAAGAAUUGCCGGAAAGGGAUUGGUGACUGACAGAACGACAAAAGAAUCCCGGAGAGAGAAACCACAGGCUUUGAACACCGUCGAGCUGAUGCGAGUGGCGAGCAGUUCAUUCGGCAUUAGCCCCGCGUCGACAAUGAGUGUUGCUGAACAACUGUACACCCAAGGAUUUAUUUCCUAUCCAAGAACCGAAACCACCGCUUAUCCUCCCAAUUUCGAUUUAGUAGGAACUCUGAAGCAACAAUCCAAUAAUCCUAAAUGGGGAGAUGUGGUGAGGAAGGUGUUAAAUGAUGGUAUCCGGAAACCAAAGAGUGGAGAGGACAAAGGUGAUCACCCACCAAUCACUCCGAUGAAACCAAACAAUGGACAGCUUUCAGGGGAUAUGGCGCGAAUCUACGAUUAUGUUGUGCAACAUUUUGUAGCGACUCUGAUGGGGCCAUGCAUUUAUGAUGUCACUACCGUAACAAUCUAG